CACAACCAGUCAGCCACAGCCAUGCAAGCAAAGUCUGGGCGUCAACGAGCGCGGGCCACUCGCUCAAGAACCGGCUGUCGAACUUGUCGAGCCCGCCGGAUCAAGUGCGACGAGACGCCAGGGAGAUGCCAAAAUUGUACGAUGGCGGGCUGGCCCUGUGAGGGCUCGGAUCUCAACCGCUUACCGGGCAAAGCGACGUAUAGCGCCCAGGACGCGGCACUGUUGCCGUCGGUGGCGGCGCAGUUCCCUUGGACUAUCACCUCCGACGAGAAACGCUGCUUCUCCUUUCUCUGGCAUCAUCAGAUCCCCACCUCGGUGGUUGUCUCGGGGGUGUCCGACCUAUUCUCGCCGCAGAACCUUGUCGGCCAACUGAGCGCUGUCGAGCCGGCCGUCUACCAUGCCCUUGUAGCCUUAAGUGCCAUCAAUCACCAGGUGCAUGAAGCGGGGAUUGCAAUUCCCGGACAGUCGCUGCGUAGUCAAUGGCAUUACUUCGCCCUGGAGCAGUCGCUGCGCUCAUUUGCUCUUCUGAAGCACCGGUCUGCCUCCCAAGAUCCACGUCUUCGCCAGGUGGUCCUGGUCUGCUGCCUGCUUUUCGUGCUGAUGGAGCUGGCGUCCGCCCGCUACGACGACGCCAACACGCACCUGCAAGCGGGGCUGAAGAUUCUUAACGAGGGGGCGCUGUCUUUGUUAUCCAUAGACCCAGCCCUCUCCGACGCCUUCCUCUACCUGGAAUCGCACUCGGCGUUUCACGGAGUCCACCGGCCCUUCCGCGAGCUGGACACCCAAUUCGCCCGCCUCGAGACCUUCGAAGCCCAGCUGCAACCAUUUCGGGAUGUCGAGCACGCGCGUCGGGCCCUCAACCCUCUCGUACCUACCAUCUUCCGCCUCCUGGAACAGUGCUGGAGCCUGUCCGAGACCAACCUCGCACGCCAAUACGGCGUCUUGCAGCCCAAACAACAGCGCCUGCUGUCCUGUCUGACCCAAGUCAGAUCCUACUUCGACGAUUUCCUGACAACGUAUCCUUACUUCACCGACCGCGAGCGACGCUCGGCCGACGUGGUGCAACUGAGUCUGCAGACCUUCACUUUAACCCUGAAGACCUGUCUGCACGGCCCGUGGGAUCCUGCAUUACACCCACUGUGCCCGGAGUUCGAGCAUCUGAUGGCGAAGACUGUAGCCCUGAACGCGCAAAUGGGGACCCGCCCGCAGUUUACCCCGGAUGGGAUCCUCUGCGCUGCCCUGAGUUUCCUGGCGCUGCGAUGUCCGGAUUACCCCAUCCGUCUGCAGGCUAUCGCUGCACUCCGGGCGUCUCCUCGCGCAGAGGGGUAUUAUAACGGCCUAGUGGUGGCGGAAUUCGCCAUCAGUGGAUUGAAGCUCGAGUUG